GUCACUGUCCACCCUCCUCGUUCUCACUGCAUUGUGCCUGCACCGUUGGGCAUCAUGAGCGGUUGACAAGAGCUGGGAAUGUCUAAAACCUUCGUCGACUCUACAAUCUGGGUGCAAUGACAAUUUCCCUUCCCCUCCCUCCUCUCACCAAUCCGAAACAAUGACCGAAAUCGCACCUCGCGAGGUCACUCCUCCUCCGCUGCAAGCUCCGACGGUCAAAGAGAAGAAAUAUGACAGACAAUUGCGGCUAUGGGCGGCUUCAGGCCAAAGAGCAUUGGAGGAAUCACAUGUCCUCCUGAUCGUGGGAGAUGAGAACCACGGCUCCAACAGCACCGUCGCAGGCGUCGAGACCCUCAAGAACCUCAUCCUGCCCAGUAUCGGCAACUUCACCAUUGUCGACUCUGCCACAGUUACAGAUGCUGAUCUCGGCGUCAACUUCUUCCUCGAGUCAGGCAGCCUUCACAAGUCCAGAGCAGAAGAGACAAGACGGCUUCUCUCAGAAUUGAACCCAGACGUUACAGGCCAUGCUAUCACAGCUCCUCUACCAGAAUGGCUCCCCAUGGAGAACUCUUUACAACCAUACAACCUCAUUCUCAUCUGCGCCCCGAUUUCGCCAGAAUAUCUCCAAGGAAUAUGCGCCUAUGGGUCAGAGAACUCAAUCCCAAUCGUCUACAUCCGCUCCGCGGGCUUUUACGCUUCCUUUUCAAUUCAACUACCUCACGAAUUUCCGAUCGUCGACACUCAUCCCGAUCCAGAGAGCACACAAGAUCUCCGCCUUCUCGCUCCCUGGACAGAACUCGAAGAGGCAGUAGACUCAAUAGGCGACAUCCACACCCUGUCGGACCACGACCAUGGCCACAUCCCAUAUAUCCUCCUCCUGCUGCAUUACCUAAGAGAAUGGAAGACCUCUCACAAUGGCAAAUACCCAUCUAGUUUUAAAGAGAAGACAGAGUUCCGUGACCUGAUCCGAUCCGGUGCACGAACAAACAAUCCCGAAGGCGGGGAAGAGAACUACGACGAAGCAUGUGCCUCUGUGCUGAAAAGCAUAGCACCACCGCCUGUAGGUAGCGGUUGUAAAGAGAUGAUGAGCAUGCCGUCCUGUACCCAAGUGACUGCUGGCUCUCCGAAUUUCUGGAUCAUAGCCAACGCCAUCAAGAAGUUCUACGAUACGCACGGCGUUCUGCCUCUACCGGGAUCAUUGCCAGACAUGAAAGCCACCAGCGCAGAGUAUAUCAAGUUGCAAGGCAUCUACAAGGCCAAGGCACGUGCAGAUGUCGCUGAAGUUACGCAGACCGUCAGACAACUGGAGAACGACCUGUCGAGGAUGACCAAGAUUGAAGCUUCUGAGAUCGAGGCAUUCUGCAAGAACGCCUCUCAUGUCCGUGUGCUGACAAGUCCGAGUAAUGCGUCGGUCCCGGCGUUGCGGUUGGCAGUUUCCGAUGCGAAGACGUUAUCGGCACUGCCGAGGUUGGUUGAGAACGAUUGGGAGGGUAUGCUGCCUGUCUUCAUUGCGCUGAACGCGGCGAACACGCUCGAUGUAAGCACACUCUCAGAGGAUGCCGAGGUACAGGAAAGCUACGAAAAGGCAGUGGAGGAGGUUGAGAGAGUUCAGGGUGGUGAAAUGCAUAACAUUUCGAGUGUACUUGGUGGAAUGGUCGCACAGGAGGCGAUCAAGUUGCUCACCAGGCAGUAUGUGCCAGUGGAAGGAACUUGUGUGUUUGAUGGGGUGAGGAGUAAGAGUGGCAUCUUCAAGAUCUGAAGAACUCGACUCUGAUGGGCACUCGAAUCGUCGAUAGCUGUUUGGGCUGCUGAGGAAAAGUAGAUCUCGAGACGUCGAUAAGAGACCAAGAAGCAGGCCGGCUGGUAUGGAAAUGGAGGGACAAAAGCAACGAUGGUGGUCUGAAAAGCCCCAUGCGCAUGCACGACAUAGAACGAGAAGAUGUCAAGAUCGAAUUCUAGAGAUAGACUGGACAGCGAGUUGAGUCCCGAGUAUGCGGAAUCAUAGGUACUUGCUCACGCGGGAUAGAAUCUGGUGUUGUGCGUGCCUUGCAUACUAGCUAAGGUAGGCUGUGAAGUCAAAAUCCAACCAUCCAG